AUGAGUGAGCAAGAAAAAUCGGCAGAAGCAGCGUUACGUGUGUGUACACUUAGUAAACACCAAAAACCAUUUUCAAAUUCUGAAAUAAUGAAUGAAUGCAUGUUGGAAGUAGCCUCGGAACUUUUUGAAGAAAAAAAGGAUGUUGUCGCUGUAAUUCAAAGUAUUCCAAUGUCGGCAAGAAGUAAUACAAGAAGAACGGAUAUUUUAGCUACUGAUAUUAAAAGCAUUCUGCUUCAACUUUUGGAAAAUACACCAUUCUUCGCCAUUGCACUUGACGAAUCAUGUGACAUUGUUGAUGAUGAACAAAUAUCUAUUUUCGUGAGAUUUUUCGACAUUGAAAAUAAGAUAUUCAGGGAAGAAUUGCUCGCAAUAUUGCCUCUGAAAGGUAACACUCGAGGAGAAGAUUUAUUCAAAGCUAUUGACGAAUUUAUUAAUAAUUCCUACAUUUGUUAUGAUAAAAUAGUGUCGCUUUCAACUGACGGCGCCCCAGCGGUGAUUGACAAAGGAAAAGGUACAGUAAAGAAAAUCAGGGAUAUGAAUCCGGGUCUAAUAUCGUAUCAGUGUAUGAUUCAUAAGACUGCCCUUUGUGGAAAACUCAGUGCUACACUGAAAGAAGUAAUGAACAGCUUGGUGCAGUUCAUUAAUUUUAUGAGAUCUCAUUCUUCUCCGAUGCCGAAAGUUUGA